AUGUUAAAUUUAAAGGGAUGGGGAGUGCCAUUACUUUUGGGCAGCAGUAUCUUUGCUCUGUACUCUAUGGAUUGUUAUUAUAUUCAUCAGAAAUUCAUGGUACGAAAUUUCAAUGAGGACACGAAAGAGGUCAAUGAAAAAGAGAGCUCGGAGAAGAUUUCUGUACAUCCAUUCGUACUUCCCAACAAACAAUCGUCUCAACGAGGCAUGAACGUACAAUUUGAUCAUUAUUAUUCACAAUUAGAACAUUCACAAGUAACAUCCACUCAUCCCAAUAUUGAAGAGUAUGCACGGGCUUUUUUCACAUCAACAGCUUUCACCCCAGAGCGAUAUUUGUUAAAACUUGCAACCUCUUUCAGUUCAGAAAACAAUCAACAAAAUUUAAAUAUUGAGGAAAUUAACAGGCUCAAGUUUCAAAUUGGAGACCGUGUUGGAGUAUUUCGAGUUGUGGAUCGAACUGAACACGAAAUUUUAUUGGAAACAGACAUGAAAACGUUAACGUGGCUUGGACUUUCUAGUCACAAACCUAAUGUUAAAACCUUACAUUUUGGAAGCGCUGUAUUGGAACAGGGUUUAAUAGUGAGUGCAUUGAUGCCAUUUCAUCACAUGUAUUCGAGGUACUUGCUAGGUUUUGCAAAACAAAAUCUAUUGGAUAGCUUUAAAUCGAGUCACAAUGAACAUUAA